ACGUACAUGCAUACAUGCAUAACUCGAUUUCGCAUCGAAUCGAUGCAAUGCCUUUCAUCGCUUCGACGAAAGACAUUCGAAGCAUCGAAUUCAUGUUUCUUAAGUGUAACCUAAUAACAAACCACUCCAUAAUUUUGAAGAUUAUAGUGUACGUGCAGACUUUGAGAAAUAAAUUAAUGGGCCUGGAAUUUGAUACUUAUAAUGGACGUUCGUUGGUACUUUUCGGGUGAUGUGAUGGUCUAGAUUAGAUGAUAAUGUGAUUCUCUUGUGGUUGAGAGUCUCAACUUGAGACUGAGACUAUUUUCCAACGUCGUAAUUUACAUAAACAUUGGUGUUUCGGUUUGGUAUGUGGGCAGAUUGAGAUUUCGAGACAAAUCAGAAGUGGGUACACUCAAGCCUUCUCUUCGCUUCGGGCUAACAUAGGCAACAGCAAAAUAAACAAACCUUUAUUGCAGCAGUUCCUAUUCAAUAUUAUGUAUUUUUGAUUCAAUUUUCAAUUUGAGAAUUAGAACCUUCUCCCAUUAUUUAUUACUAUUCAAUAGUAGAAGAUUGGGUUGAACUAACAGUUGUUAGUUGUACACAUUUUUGGUUAGGAUUUGGUACAAUAAGUGGUUGCAAUUGCACCGAAAAAAGAUAUCCAAAUGAAGAUGAAAUCAAGAGGUGGGAAUGGCGACUUCAAGUCCCCAGCACCUGAUAGUCCCACCGCCAAGAAAAAGCGCCGAACGUCAACCGCACCCUCGACCUUGCCAUGUAACCCUGCCAUGCAGUCUUCUCCAAUGCCAGAAAUGAUUCCACCAGCGCCCUUGGGAUAUGGGGACACCAUCAUCGCCUCAAACCCAUUUGAUGACAUGCCAUCACAAUCACAUCCUUCGGGGGGACCGCCAAUGGGAAUGGGACCUCGAGGUCCUCCUCCAGGAGGAUUUCAUCCUGGUGGCCCACCAAUGCAACACGGUCCUCAAGGAGGUCCUCAGGGUGGUGGUGGAAUGGGACCUGGACCGGGUGGAAUGGGAUCAGGACCACCGGGAAUGGGAGGACCUCAAGGAAUGAUGAGAAUGAGCUGUCCACCUGGUCAAGGGGGGCCACCAAAUAUGGGACCAGGGGGACAAAUGCCUCCAAAUUGGAAUGGGCCCUCGAAACCACCCAUUCAGAGUGGAAAAGUAAGGAUGUUUGAUUUAAUGUACCCUCCAGACCAACCCAUGAUUUUUAAUCCGCAGAAUCCGAAUGCUCCUCCGAUCUAUCCGUGCGGAUUAUGUCAUCGAGAAGUCCAUGACAAUGAUCAAGCAAUACCGUGUGAAAGUGGAUGCCACUUUUGGUAUCAUAGAGUUUGUACGGGUCUCACCGAAGCAGCAUUUUAUUAUCUAAACCACGAGGUUUACGCCGAAUGGGUUUGUGAUACCUGCCUAUCAAACAAGAACAUUCCCCUCGUCAAAUUCAAGCCAUAGUACUUCCGUUACUAGCCAGAAGUACACGCAAUAUGAAGAUUGAAAGUUUAUCGAAUUUAUUUCGAAAUUAUCUCCUCAAGCGACUAAAUACUGCGACAAUUUUAAGCUCACAACGACAAGUUUCAACUAUAUUUCAAUUUUAUGGUUGCAAAACAACCGAAGUGUCUCAUUUUCAAAUCUAAAUUAACCAAAACAAAACUGCAAUUAGAUACUUAAGACUUUAUGUUAGAUCGAAGAUUUUAGUACUUUUGUGUCUUCCUUAACAUUGUUACUUUCAAUCAUCAUUUUAAUUCAACCUUGUUUUUGAGCCAUCUUUAACCAAACAAGUGGGAUAUCCGGCGUUCUUACUUAGUGGUGAGGAUCUUAUUUUACAUACGUUGCAAGAUAUUUAUACUAACACUAAAUAGGAUUUUAAAGUUCAUCAUUUUUUAUUUGGAUAUAUUUAAAAGUCUGCUGUUGUAUGCAGCCUGUAAAAUCUGGUAUAUAAGUGUACAUUUGAAACAUGUGUAUAGUGAAUUUGCAUACAGAACUAUGGGAAAGCGUAUUUCACUAGUGUAGUAUUCUAAUUACGGAAAAACUAACCUCAGAUCGGAUCAUCUAACUAAGAUAUUCAUUUAAUUAAAGUAUGUACAGACAGACUAACCUGAAUGUUAAAUCUAAUUAUUUAUUAUUUCUGUUGUAUGUAAUAAACCAAAAAAUUUUACUUCGUA